GCAUAUUCCAGGGAACGCUCCAGAGUGGUGGCAGUCACUUCCCCCUUGCCAAGCACUUGUCCUCGAGAAAGAAACCGAUGCCCCGGUCCUCACGGAGUCCCCAAGGGGACCCGUGUUCCUUCCUCGAUGAUGUGGCCCACAACGCCCGGCAAAGGAGGAUCACCCAAAGAGUCCGAAACAUCUGCAGGACAGCAGAGGACUCCACAGCAAACCCGGGUGACGCCCUCUUAUUUCCUGUGCGCCUCAACACCCCAACCAUUGGCCUGACUCAGAGCGUGCUGGGAUGCAUGUCCUGGUUGACCUUCUUGGCCUGCUUCCUGAGAACUCAGGCCCAGCAAGUCUUGUUCAACACCUGCAGGUGCAGGCUGCUCUUCCAGAAGCUGAUGGAGAAGACAGGCAUCCUGGUCCUCUGUGCCUUUGCAUUCUGGGUGUUUUCCAUACACUUACCCUCAAAAAUGGAAGUCUGGCAGGAUGACAGCAUCAACAGUCCACUGCAGAGCUUGAGGAUGUACCAGGAGAAGGUGCGGCAUCACACCGGGGAAAUCCAGGACCUGCGAGGUAGCAUGAACCAGCUCAUCGCCAAACUGCAAGAGAUGGAGGCCAUGUCCGAUGAGCAAAAAAUGACCCAGAAGAUCCUGAAGAUGAUCCAGGGAGACUACAUCGAGAAGCCAGACUUCGCCCUCAAGUCCAUAGGGGCCAGCAUCGACUUUGAACAAACGUCAGCCACCUACAACCACGACAAGGCUCGCUCCUACUGGAACUGGAUCCGCCUGUGGAACUACGCACAGCCCCCGGACGUGAUCCUUGAGCCCAAUGUGACACCUGGCAACUGCUGGGCCUUCGCCGGUGACCGUGGCCAGGUGACCAUUCGGUUAGCCCAGAAGGUCUACCUGUCCAAUGUCACGCUGCAGCACAUCCCCAAGACCAUCUCGCUGUCGGGCAGCCUGGACACCGCCCCCAAGGACUUCGUCAUCUAUGGCAUGGAAAGCUCCCCCAGGGAGGAAGUGUUUCUGGGAGCGUUCCAGUUUCAGCCAGAAAACACCAUCCAGAUGUUCCCACUCCAGAACCAGCCGCCCCGGGCGUUUGGCGCUGUCAAGGUGAAGGUCUCCAGCAAUUGGGGGCACCCGCGCUUCACCUGCCUGUACCGCGUGCGUGUGCACGGCUCCGUGAUGCUGCCCCAGAGCAGCACAGCUAGCCCCGUCUCCACCCCCAACCCCUAGAGAGUAAAGUAUAUUCUGUACCCACUA